AAUAGACAAAAGUGAUGGAGAAAUAUAAUUCACAAUCUCCAUAUCCAUAUGGGAAUGCCUAUGGAUAUCCUCCUGUUCCACCUGCAAAUCAGGGAUAUCCUCCUCCUCCAGGCUCCGGGGCUUAUCCUCCAUUUCCUUAUCCUCAAUUCCAUUAUUAUCCACACCCUUACCCCACUCCGCACUAUGCAUACCCACCGAGAGUUCCAUCUACUCCGCCAGCAUCAUCUAAUAGUGGAUACCAGCCGGCCGCUGUGGAAUAUGGAUAUCCUCCACCGCCACCACCACAAUCUCACCAUGCUGUUGUUCCUUAUCCAUACUAUAUGUAUCGGCCGCCAAUUCCUCCUCCGAGUUCUUCCCCUCAGCCUACCCUUCAAAAUCAGGGAAGUUUCAAGUAUGGUUCUUCAACCCCUCAGCCUACCCUUCAAAAUCAGGGAAGUUUCAAGUAUGGUUCUUCAACCCCUCAGCCUACCCUUCAAAAUCAGGGCAGUUUUAAGUAUGGUUCUUCAACCCCACAGCCUAGUCUUCAACAACAAGGCAGUUUCAAGUAUGGUUCAUCAACCCCUCAGCCUACCCUUCAAAAUCAGGGCAGUUUCAAGUAUGGUCCAUCAUCCCAUCAUUUCCAACAGCCUGUGCCUCAGCAGCAGGCAUUGCAGGGCCAGCCAAGGAGAGGCAAUGAGUUUCCCAGCCUCCAGAGACAACAUAGUACACUGUCUACUUGUAGUUCUGCGUCGAAUUAUGAUCAUGGCAUAGACAGCACCUCUGCUAGCUCUUCUGCUAAUCCAUCAUUGGAUGAUCAGAUGACAAAUUUGCGCCUGUCUGAUAAUCGCUCUCCUGUGCCUGUAUCAGGCCAUUAUGUUUCACAGGGAACCAUAUACGCGUAUCCUAAUUCAUCUUUUUCAAGAUUGGAGUCGUCUUCUAUAAAGCGAGCUGAAUCCACCUCGCUUCAUCGCCCUUCCUACUCGAACACAUUUGUGGAAACCGGAUACAAUAAGGGUAUGCAGCUUAUGCCAUUCACACCCUCUAAAGCCCCCCCUAAAGUCUUGCUCAUCCAUGGGAAUUUGGAUAUUUGGGUAUACGAGGCGAAAAACCUCCCAAACAUGGACUUGUUCCAUAAAACCAUAGGGGACAUGUUUAACAGACUACCAGGGAACAUGAGCACCAAGAUUGAAGGGCACAUGAACAGGAAGAUCACAAGUGAUCCCUAUGUCACAAUCACAUUAGCAGGUGCAACAGUAGGGCGAACAUACGUGAUAAGCAACGACGAAAACCCUACAUGGAUGCAGCAUUUUAAAUUGCCUGUUGCACAUUAUGCUGCAGAAGUGCUCUUCGUCGUGAAGGACAAUGAUGUGGUUGGAUCCCAGCUAAUAGGCACAGUGGCAAUUCCAGUGGAAAACAUAUAUGGAGGGGGGAAAUGUGAGGGAUUCUUUCCUAUCCUUGCAAGUAAUGGGAAGCCCUGCAAGACUGGAGCUGUUUUGAGCCUCUCCAUCCAGUAUACUCCAAUGGAGCAACUAAGCAUUUACCACUAUGGAGUCGGAGCAGGCCCCGAAUACACUGGAGUUCCCGGGACAUAUUUUCCACUCAGAAAGGGCGGAACAGUAACCCUUUACCAGGAUGCACAUGUCCCUGAUGGAGGCCUCCCAAAUCUGAAACUCGAAUGUGGGAUGCAGUAUGUUCAUGGUAAGUGCUGGCAAGAUAUCUUCAAUGCACUGCGAAACGCCCGGAGGUUGAUCUAUAUCACUGGAUGGUCAGUGUGGCAUAAAGUCAAACUCGUAAGAGAUGAUCCUUCUGCAGAAGGCUGUACUUUGGGAGAGCUGCUGAAAUCGAAGUCACAAGAAGGAGUGAGGGUUUUGCUUCUUAUUUGGGAUGAUCCCACCUCAAGAAAGAUUCUUGGAUAUAAAACAGAUGGAGUCAUGGCAACCCAUGAUGAAGAAACUCGUCGCUUUUUUAAACACUCUUCUGUUCAUGUUCUUCUCUGUCCCCGUGUGGCAGGAAAACGCCACAGUUGGAUGAAACAAAGGGAGGUUGGAGUAAUUUAUACUCAUCAUCAGAAAACUGUGAUUGUGGAUACUGAAGCUGCCAAUAAUAGAAGAACCAUUACUGCAUUUGUUGGAGGGCUUGACAUGUGUGAUGGCAGAUAUGACACUCCUGGACAUCCAAUAUUUAGAACUCUGCAGACUGUUCAUGCAGCAGACUAUCAUAAUCCAACAUUUGCAGGUAAUGUGAGUGGUUGUCCAAGAGAACCGUGGCAUGACAUGCACUGUAAAAUCGUUGGUCCAGCAGCCUAUGACAUUCUGACCAAUUUUGAGGAGCGUUGGCUCAAGUCUUCUAAGCCCCGCGGCAUUAAAAAACUGAAAAUGUCGUACGAUGAUGCCUUGCUCAGACUGGACAGAAUGCCUGAAAUUCUUGGCGUUUCUGAUGUUCCAAGCAUUAAUGCAGCUGAUCCCGAAGGCUGGCAUGUGCAGAUCUUCCGCUCUAUGGACUCAAACUCGGUUAAAGGCUUUCCUAAGGACCCUAAACGCGCCACAAUGAAGAACCUUGUGUGUGGCAAGAAUGUCCUGAUUGACAUGAGCAUACACACAGCAUAUGUGAAGGCGAUUCGUUCUGCACAGCAUUACAUCUACAUCGAAAACCAAUACUUCAUUGGUUCCUCGUACAACUGGAGUCAAUACAAAGAUGUUGGUGCCAACAACCUGAUACCAAUGGAACUCGCGCUGAAAAUUGCUGACAAGAUAAGAGCAUACGAAAGGUUUGCAGCGUACAUUAUCAUCCCAAUGUGGCCCGAGGGGAAUCCAACUGGUGCUGCUACACAGAGGAUUCUGUUCUGGCAGCAUAAGACAAUGCAAAUGAUGUAUGAGACUAUUUACAAGGCCUUAGUGGAGGUUGGACUUGAAGAUGCAUUUUCACCCCAAGAUUACUUGAACUUUUAUUGUCUUGGUAACCGCGAGGCCCUGGCUGAGAGUGAUGCAUCAAGCAAUGACACUAAUUGGCCCGUUAAUAGUCCGCAGGCACUCAGCCGGAAAAACCGGAGGUUCAUGAUUUAUGUGCAUUCCAAAGGCAUGAUUGUGGACGAUGAGAAUGUGAUCAUAGGAUCUGCAAACAUCAACCAGAGAUCCUUGGAAGGAACAAGAGACACAGAGAUCGCGAUGGGAGCUUACCAACCGAAUUACACCUGGGCAAGAAAACGAUCAAACCCCGAAGGACAGAUUUAUGGCUACAGAAUGUCGCUAUGGGCCGAGCAUCUGGGAGUCGUGGAGGACUGUUUCAAGAGGCCCGAGUCUUUGGAAUGCGUGAGACGUGUCAGGUCACUGGGAGAAGCCAACUGGCAACAAUUUGCAGCUGAUGAAGUAACAGAAAUGAGAGGGCACCUGUUGAAGUAUCCGGUCGACGUGGACCGGAAGGGCAAGGUGAAGCCUCUUUCUGGGUGUCCAAUCUUCCCAGAUGUUGGAGGCAACAUAAUUGGAUCAUUUCUUGCCAUUCAAGAAAAUCUCACCAUCUAAUGUUUCAUGUUUCUGUUCUCAUGUUCUGCUAAAACUUCACAAACACAAACAAGAUGACAGUUGUUGGGGAUGCAGUUUUGUUUUAGUUUAGUUUAUUUCCGCAGAUAAUGUACAGAGAAGAAUGAAUUUGGUUCAAAUUGUAUAACUCUUCACCAAUCACCAUCAAUGUACAUUUCAGAAUUCAGAUAGUCAUCACUCAUCAAUAAGAAUGUAAACUGUAAUUUAAGGAUAUAUACAAUGGCUUUCAAAAAAAAAGGAUAUAUACAA